AUGUUGCCGCAAAAGUGUGAUGCGGCUGAGGAGGUCAGCAGCGAAGAUAAAGUGGCUGAGAUUAAACCUUCUCGUUUUGAGGAAUCAAUGAAGUAUGCAGGGAGGAGUGCCGUGAUGCUGACAUUUGCAAAGAAGAAAGAACAGGAGACCAACAACUCCGGCAACAAUACGACUAAUACUCAGCCGCAGCUGGUUGCCUAUUCUGCUCCGGCCGACAGAGAAAUUGAAGGCCGCGAACGCAUCGCACUCGAUCUCAAAGCUGGUCUUCAUCCUCUCAAGCACAAAUUUGUAUUCUGGUACACUCGCCGCACACCUGGAGUUAGAACUCAAACAUCAUAUGAGGACAAUAUAAAGAAGAUCAUAGAAUUUAGCACGGUUGAAAGUUUCUGGGUCUGCUACUGCCACUUGGCUCGGCCCUCGACAAUGCCAAGUCCAACUGAUUUACAUCUUUUCAAGGAGGGUAUUCGUCCACUGUGGGAGGAUUCUGCUAACUGCAAUGGUGGUAAAUGGAUUAUUAGAUUUAAAAAGUCUGUCUCAGGUCGCUUUUGGGAAGACCUGGUUCUAGCUUUAGUGGGAGACCAACUUGAUUAUGGCGAUAACAUUUGUGGUGCAGUAUUAAGCAUCCGUUUUAAUGAGGACAUACUGAGCGUGUGGAACCGCAAUGCAAAGGAUAACCAGGCUGUAAUGGCACUGAGGGAUGCUAUCAAGCGACAUCUUAAGCUUCCCCAUAGCUAUGUAAUGGAAUACAAACCCCAUGAUGCUUCAUUGCGUGACAACUCAUCAUAUAGAAACACUUGGUUGAGAGGAUAG